CGAACAAACGAUAGAUCUAUUUAGAGAAAACGACUGCUUUCGAACAACGCCCGAGAUAACCCGAGGUGUAAUGUGAAGAAGGCAGAUAUAUAUAUGAGGUUGGUGUGUGUGUGUGUGUGUGUGUUGAGUGUGUUGCGUGUGUAUGAAACGAAAAGAAAUCUUGAGACCUUUGGGUGGGUAGAAAGGCGGGAUAAAAGGGCGCCCUCCACUCUCCGGAUCCAUGUUGCAGCAAGCAAUCGACAGGCUUGGCAAAGCUGCUGGCAGCCCGGGCGGAGGUACUCUGGUACCCUUACCCAGCGCCAACCACCGGUACCUUACCACGUACCUAGUCUGGGCACUCUGCGAACCUCCGCUGCCGAUUCGGGGAGAGCGAGGGCACUGCGGGGGCCAGAUGCAACCAGUAGCUUUCUCUUACGAGGGCCUAGUAAGGACCACUGCGUAAGACACUGCGCCAUCGAUGAGUCUGCAACUUGACAGAGUGAUUGAUGGAAAGACCCGCGAACCCCAUCCCGAACGAGCUACGGGGUCCUCCGUGCUUGGCUCGGGGAGCUGCAACAGCAGCUCGGGACUACUGGUAGGUUAGGCCUGAAUUACAGCUGCAUGCCUUAGCGACUCAGCGAUCGCCGCCGCCGCCGCCGCCGCAGCAGCAGCAGCAGGUAACAGCGCCAGCCACGAUUGGGGGGGACCCGUGAUCCAAUUGGAGUGUAUCGUGGUUCAAGUGGCG